AUGACUGCGAUCUAUCGGCCGCGAACUUGUUCGAAAGAUAACUUGCGAAAUGAAAUCAAGGAAGGGACUGAGCCGCAGGUGUCGACGGCGUUGCCGCAGCCGCGGAGCGAUUCGUACGUUAUUUCCGCGGAGAAAUACUUCCUGCCGUUUGAACUGGCCUGCCAGAGCAAGUCACCCAGGAUCGUGGUCACUGCGUUAGAUUGUCUGCAGAAGUUGAUAGCCUACGGCCAUUUAACCGGAAAUGUACCUGACUCCACGGAACCUAAUAAACUGCUCAUCGUCCGCAUCGUGGAGACGAUAUGCGGCUGCUUCAUGGGCCCUCAAACCGACGAGGGUGUCCAGUUGCAAAUUAUAAAAGCCCUACUCACGGUGAUGACCAGCCAGCACGUCGAGGUGCACGAAGGCACCGUUCUACUCACCAUACGCACCGUUUACAGUGUUUAUUUAGCUUCGAAGAAUCUGGUGAACCAGACCACCGCGAGGGCCACGCUUACACAGAUGAUCAACGUUAUUUUCGCACGCAUGGAGACGCAGGCAGAAGAGGAAAGUGUUCGGAACGAAGUGGAGCCGCCGGAAACGCCGAACGCGAACUCGACCACCAACUGCACCUCCACUGAUUUAGAGAGCGAGACAGUGAAUCACGAAGAAUCUACUACAGAAAAUAAUCACGAGCCACAGUUGAUAGUUCGAGGCAUUUUAGAAGACGUAGUGAACUCGGUCGUCCCUGAAGACACGACGAACGCGAACACUAUCACUCCGGAGGAGGCUAGCUUGGACCAAGUGCCUAUUGAUGAGAAUUCUGACGAAACCGUUGCUGAGACCGAUAAUAUGGUCCGGGCGAAGUUCACUCAUGUACUUCAGAAGGACGCGUUUUUAGUUUUCAGAGCUCUCUGCAAACUGUCUAUGAAACCACUUCCUGAUGGCACUCCGGAUCCUAAGUACGAGACACUCUUAAUUUAUUCAAUAUACAAAAUGGGCCAUUUUAAUCGAAACACCCAAAUAUCUAAAAAGCUCGUGAACGACUUGUCGAAGAUCGCGCAGGGGAGACAUGCACUAGAAUUGGGCGCCUCACCAAAUCAAGAGAAAUCGAUGAGGAUCAGAGGCCUCGAGUGUCUAGUCUCGAUCUUGAAAUGCAUGGUGGAAUGGAGCAGAGAUCUAUACGUGAAUCCGAGCGUUCCUGCCGAUCAGCAGAUCCCAUCAGAGCCUCCCGAUCCUCCGGUGGAACCACCGUUGCCUCGUUAUGGCAGUGCCGGAAGUUUGUCCUCUGCUAAUUCUAGUCUAAUUGGCAAUAAAGAGAUCCCGGAUUCCCCGGAGCAGUACGAAGUCCAGAAACAUCAGAAGGAGGUCUGGGAAACUGGAAUCGACAUUUUUAAUCGAAAGCCGAGCAAGGGAGUGCAAUAUCUUCAAGAGCAGAGCCUGUUAGGUAAUUCAUCGGAAGACGUAGCCCGUUGGCUUCACAUGGACGAACGGUUGGAUAAGACCGCGAUCGGCGAUUUCCUCGGCGAUCACAAUCACAACCAGGUGAUGUACAGCUACAUUGACCAAAUGAACUUCGCCGAGCGCGAUUUAGUCACAGCCCUGAGAUACUUCCUCGAGGGCUUCCGGCUGCCCGGCGAGGCGCAGAAGAUCGACCGGCUGAUGGAGAAGUUCGCCAGUCGAUACUGCGAGUGCAAUCCGAAUAACGGGUUGUUCACAAGUGCGGACACGGCAUACGUUUUGGGCUUCUCGAUUAUUAUGCUGACAACCGACCUCCACUCGCCUCAAGUGAAGAACAAAAUGACUAAGGACCUGCUGAUAUCCAGCGAAAAGAAGAGACGACUUUUAUGGAAUUUAGAAAUGGAAGUGAUAUCGACAGCGGCGAAGAACUUAAUGGAAUCCGUGAGCCACGUUCAGGCGCCGUUCACCACCGCGAAACAUUUGGAGCACGUUCGACCGAUGUUCAAAAUCGCGUGGACUCCAUUCCUAGCUGCGUUCAGCGUUGGCCUCCAAGACUGCGACGACCCAGAAAUCGCCUCCCUCUGUCUAGACGGCAUCAGAUGUGCGAUACGUAUCGCUUGCAUAUUUCACAUGUCUUUAGAACGGGACGCGUACGUGCAAGCCCUGGCUCGGUUCACGUUAUUGACAGCGAAUUCACCGAUCACUGAAAUGAAAGCGAAGAACAUAGAUACCAUAAAAACUUUGAUAACCGUCGCCCACACCGACGGCAACUAUCUCGGCAGCUCUUGGUUAGACGUGGUAAAAUGCAUCUCUCAACUAGAACUGGCGCAGCUAAUCGGAACCGGAGUCAGACCGCAGCUAUUAGGCCCACCUUCGAAACCUCACUUCCCAUCGCCUUUAGUUACUUUCAACCUCGCUCAUAAUAAUUCUUAUCAGAACAACAACUUGAAUCUCAGCUCGUUGGACCCGAGCGUGAAGGAAUCGAUAGGAGAGACCAGUUCGCAGAGCGUGGUGGUAGCCGUCGACAGGAUAUUCACUGGCUCCACUAGACUCGACGGAGACGCCAUAGUAGAAUUCGUGAAAGCCCUCUGUCAAGUGUCUCUAGAAGAACUGUCUCAUCCGACCCAGCCAAGGAUGUUCUCUUUAACUAAAAUCGUUGAGAUCUCUUAUUACAACAUGGGACGAAUCAGGUUGCAGUGGUCGAGGAUCUGGCAAGUGAUCGGCGACCAUUUUGACAGAGUCGGAUGCAGUCCUCGUCAAGACAUCGCGUUCUUCGCGGUCGACUCGUUGCGACAGCUCGCUACUAAAUUCAUCGAGAAGGGCGAGUUCGCUAAUUUCCGGUUCCAAAAGGACUUCCUCAGGCCGUUCGAGCAUAUCAUGAAGAAGAACAGAUCGCCGGUGAUACGGGACAUGGUCGUCCGUUGCGUCGCUCAAAUCGUACACUCGCAGGCUCCUAAUAUUCGAUCGGGUUGGAAGAACAUAUUCAGCGUGUUCCACCACGCGGCCAGCGAUAGGGACGAGGCUGUGGUCGAACUAGCGUUCUCCAUGACUGGGAAAAUUAUAAAUGAAUUAUACGCGGAAGAUUUUAGCAUAAUGGUCGAUUCGUUUCAAGACGCUGUCAAGUGCCUCAGUGAAUUCGCUUGCAAUGCGUCCUUCCCGGAAACUAGCAUGGAAGCAAUUAGAUUAAUCCGUUCUUGCGCUUCGUACAUCGACGCUAAUCCUAACCUCUUCGCCGAGGGUAUGAUGGACGACAGUGGCAUGGUUUCUGAAGAAGACAGAGCUUGGGUGAGAGGAUGGUUCCCACUGCUGUUCGAGUUAUCGUGCAUAGUGAGCAGAUGCAAGUUGGACGUGAGAACGCGAGCCUUGACUGUACUGUUCGACGUGGUGAAAACGCACGGGGCUUCUUUCAAGCCUCAUUGGUGGAAGGACCUCUUCCAGGUACUCUUCAGGAUCUUCGACAACAUGAAGCUUCCUGAACAGCACACCGAAAAAGCAGAAUGGAUGACGACGACGUGUAACCAUGCACUGUACGCCAUCGUGGACGUGUUCUCUCAGUUCUACGACACCUUAGGACCUCUUCUCUUGGAACAACUGUACGCGCAGCUACUCUGGUGUGUUCAACAGGACAAUGAACAACUAGCCCGUUCCGGGACCAACUGUUUAGAGAACCUAGUCAUCAGCAACGGUAUCAAGUUCGACGAGACGACUUGGGAGAAGACCUGCGAGUGUGUAUUAGCUAUAUUCGAGAGCACCCUGCCGUCCGCGUUGCUCACAUGGAAACCCCAAUCGCCUAACAAGGAGUCAGACCUGGACGUGAUCACAGGAGACGUGGACAGUCACAUGGGUAUCCUGAAAAGAAGCAACAGUGUCCAGAGUCUCUCGAACGUCGGUGACACCACGAAGAACAGAGACUUCUCCGCGUUGUUAAUAAAGUGCGUCGUACAGUUGGAGUUGAUCCAAACGAUAGACAACAUCGUGUUCUACCCGGCUACCUCCCGGAAGGAGGACCAAGAGAAUCUCGCGUUGGCACAAGCCGACAUGUUCAACGGGAAGUCCUGCGAGUUAGGCGCGAGGGCCGGAGCCGAUCAGCAGAAGGAAGAACAGGGGAUGUACUGCGCUUUGACCACCGCGCAUUUGCUACAAUUAGUCGAGUGUUUAUUAAAAUCGCACAGGUUCGCGAAGAGCUUUAAUUCCGACCACGAGCAACGGAACGUGUUGUGGAAGGCUGGCUUCCGGGGGAACGCGAAGCCUAACUUGCUCAAGCAGGAGACCCAGUCGUUGGCCUGCGCGCUCAGGAUCCUCUUCAAGAUGUACAGCGACGAAGCUCAUAGAACAGAUUGGAGCAAAGUCGAGGACAGGUUGGUCGAAGUCGCCUGCGAGGCUUUAGAAUAUUUCCUAGCGCUCUCCAAUGAGGCCCACAGGGACGCUUGGACGCCCAUAUUGUUACUGUUGCUCGCGAGGAUCCUUAAGAUGAGCGACAACCGGUUCGCCGUCCACUCGUCGAGUUGCUAUCCGCUGCUCUGCGAAGUGAUGUGCUUCGAUCUGAAACCAGAAUUGAGGUCCGUCUUAAGAAGAUUCUUCCUGAGGAUCGGACCUGUGUUCAGGAUCACGCAACAGUAGGAAGGAAUUUAUACUUUAGCACUUCAGGGGGUUCUUGCGAUUCGAGAUUAAGAGGUAAAAAAUAUUGCAGAGUUUAUUUAUUUCAAUCCGAUGACAUUUAUAACAUUGAGUUUUAGAAUGUUUGCAUUGAGGUAGAUUAAUUUGUUAAUCUAUUCUGGCUGGAAUUCCCCUGGUAGAGACGGCUGGUAGGAAGUAUUUUUUUUUUUCUCGUUUGAGAACGAAUGUCUUAAAGAGAAGCAUAAUAUGUUUCGAACCCACUUCGUAUUUAACGAUGCUCUUAGGUUUUAUAAGGGAGAGUACUGCAGGGUAUUUAAUAAAUAGGGUAUUUUCUGGACGUGACAGUUCGUUCGGGACAACUGAAUUUAUGUUAGUCGAUUGUUACAUUCGAGGGUAUAUUUAAGAGAACUCUUGGGUCGAAUUUCAAUUACGAUGAUUACUGAUCGUGACAUUCCUGAUUAGAUCUAUUUGGUUGUUUAAUGAGACUGGAUGGGUGGUCGACGAGGAAUGAAAUUUAUUUAUAAAAUUAUGAAGGUA